AUGUGGAAGGGCAAGGCCCAGAUUCUUGCUGCUGCCAAGGCCGGCGCGUUCGUUCCUCAGCUUGUUGGAACGCCAUGGGGUGGGCUGACGCUUGAAAAGGUUCGAGGGCCCAAGCCACCAUCCCAAGAGAAGCCGUGCAGAGUGGGAGAUGUGGAAGAACAAAAAGGAGAGGGGCCAGAGAGGCCAGGAGCUGAGGAAGACUCGGAGAAGCUGCAGCUGCUGUGUCGGGACGACAUGGUUCACUACCUGGAUGUGAGGGACGCGUGGGGCGUGGCAGUGUGCGAGUGCUGCUUCCACCGCGCUGUCAGCCAGCGCACCCAGCACGCCCUCGUCAUGACCACCCUCAAAGCCUUCCGCUCCCACGUGCAGUCGCCACAGCCUGCGUCCAUCCCGCUCGCUCCCAACCGCCACGCCCGGGGUACUUACGAAUAUUCAUUGAAGGUUCCCCUGCCGGAGGCUCUGGCGCAGCUCAAUGUGGCAGCUGACGUGCACGUUGAAAUGAAGGGCGAGAUGGCCGCUCUCAUCUGUGCGGAGGCCAUGCUGCUUGAGUGGAUGGCUGAGCCGCGUGUGGGCGUGCUGAUGGACCUGGGCACGAUCAGAUCCCGCCUGCCUGCCAUCAUGCCUGCUACAGAGUGCCCAGCUGCUAAAGCUUCCCCUGCCGCUGCUCCUCCUGACGCCCUGCCGGCUACUGCUGCUUCCCCAGCUGCUUCUGCCCUUCCUGCAGCAGCAGCAGCAGCGUGGUCGUGCUGCUGGCGCUGCAGCAGCUGCUUUGCUGCCUACCGCCGUGCUGUGAGCUUCGCUGCCUUCCUAGUGCUUGUGGCGAGAAGCUCCCGCUUCGUCACUCUGUGCCGAGCUCAUGCCGAAAAUUCUAAGGCCUAUCCAGCCAUCGUGAGUGCGCUAGGGGCAGGCAGGCAGAAGGACGAUGACACCUUCGCUUCUAUUAAGGUUCAGAUCCUCGGGUUGAAGGAAACCGCGGACCUGGAGGAAGGGUUUGGUGUUCUCAUGCAGAACCUGCUUUCGGGGGGGCUGGAGAAGGCACAUGCAGGGAGGAAGGGGGGAGCAGGCAUGGACAUGGCAGACGGAUUUGGUAGCUUCAUGCAGAAUCCGCUGCCAGGCGGGGUGGAGAAUGCACACGCAGAGGGGGGAGGUGGGAGAGGAGUUGUAGGAGAAGGGGGCGGAGGAGCAGGGCAGAUGGAAAAGGAUGAAUGCACGAAAGGGUCGUGGGGAAGCAAGGACGGUGGCGGCAGGGAUGGGAGAAAUGGGAAGGGUGGGCAGUGGAGGGAGCAUUUCAAGGGGCGUGCGUGGGAGAGGUAUUGGGCGCGCACCUAUGGCGCACAACUCGUCCCCGCUACUCAGUGCUGCAAGGACAGCCCCCACGGGAAGGUCCGCCCCAUCCGCCACCCGCUUCGGGACCUUCCAAGCCUGCUGGUCAGGCUCGGUGCCAUCCCCAAACCGCUGGACCAAGGUAGGUUCCCCUUGGAGUGGGAAGAGUGGCCUCGUGGAGAUGAAGCUGCCGCAACGCUUCCUCAUGACCCCCGUGCAAGAUUCUUCCACCUGGGAAUUGUGGAGGAAGCGAAUGGGACAGCAAGGGAGAAGGGCGGACAGGGGUCAAAUGCAGGAGGCAAGAUUGGGACCGCGAGGGGGAAAGGAAGAGACAAAGGGAAGGGCAAGCGGGAGGGAAGGAGCAGAGUGCAUGGGGACGACGAGAGGCUGCUACAGCAGGUGCUUACGGAACUGCUGCCGCUCGUGCAGAGGAAGUUCCCCAUCGUGCGCUGCACUGCCGAUGCGGAGUUCAUAGUGGAGUUUGCCGGGCAUGUGGUGCAGCCUCCUGCAUGCGCUCAGUGCAAGCAGUGCCUUGCUGUCUACAGCCGUCGCAUGGCCUUCCUCAUGGUCGUCACCAACUACGCCUACCGACCUGCCACCACCCUUUUCAACCGCUUUGUAUCCAUCUUCCCGCCACUCUCUCCCGAAUUUGAGCGGCUCACUGUUAGUUUGGGUCUGCCGGCUUUCCGUGUCAGCAUGCCGGGCUUUCUAAGGUCGCCUGUCGUGCAGGCACGGGCAGAGAAGUUUCCUGUGUACUUCCUGUUGACUGUGGCUCUGAAAUGUCCUCUCCCCAUCAUGGGAAUCACGGACCUCAUGUUCCUACACAGGCUGCAAGACGGAGAGGAAGAGGACGGCAGGUUGUGGGAGGAGGUGCAGAUGUGGUGCCUGGCGAUGCUGUUUGCGUGGACGGGCGGCAUGAAGCUCGAGGAUGAGAAUGGGCCUUCUGAAGGUGCCCGUAGCAGCAACAAUCGCAGCGGCAGCUGCGAGAGCAACAGCUCAAGUGACAGAUGA